UGUUUGGUUUUGCAGCGAAACCCUUAGCGUGCUGUUCACGCACAAAUCAUAAUCUUCACAAUGCAUAACAAGAUUGGUGAUUUGGUUCCCCUAUUAAUUAAAACCUAUAAAUAUCUUGAGAAGGAUCAAAUCUUCCCUCUCUCUAUUUGUUCAAUCCUGCACAGCAAUCCCUUAGCGUGCGUGUGAUUGACGCCCAAUUUUCGAAGCCCCGCAAUCCAAUCCAUAUGAGGAAGGGAACUAAGAGAAAGGCUGCUCAAGCGAGCCGUAAGGAUGAAACAGCUUCUACUUCAACAGAAGCUGUCACCGCCAUUGAAGAACAGCAGCAGCAACAGAAUAAGGAAGCCGCCAAGAUUGGUCGACCAACAAAACGUUCAAAGGUUUCGAAGCCUCCUGAACCAGAGCCUGAGUUCUUCGAUGAACAACGUGAACUGGAGGACUUAUGGAAGCAGGUGUUCCCUGUUGGGACAGAGUGGGAGCUGCUUGACUUGCUUUCUAAAUACAAAUGGAAUUUCUCAAAUCUUGAAGAUGCAUUUGAAGAGGGUGGGGUAUUACAUGGGAAAAAAGUCUAUCUCUUCAGUUGUACAGAGUCUGGUGGUAAAUCGGGAGUAAUCUUAAUACCUACAGUGGUUGCUGUUGUAUCUCCAUUUCCACCUUCUGAUAAGAUUGGAGUUAAAUCUGUACAAAGAGAGAAAGAAGAAAUUCUUGACAUGAAACGAAUGAAAAUGGAUUGGGUUCCAUAUAUUCCAUUAGGAAAACGAGGUUCUUCAGUUGAAAGACUUAAAUCUCAAAUCUUCAUUCUAAGCUGUGUCCAAAGAAGGGCUGGUUUAAAACAACUGGAUGAAUAUCGUGUCAAGGAUUUUGAAUAUUGCUUACCAUAUUUUUAUCAUCCUUUUAAGGAAGAUGAGACAGAACAAAGUACUAUUGUGAACAUCAUGUAUCACACAGAACCAAAGCUUGUUGUCUGUGAGUUUGAUUGGGAGCUGGAUGAACUUGAGGAAUUCACUGAUGACCUCAUUAAAGCAGAGGAGUUGUCUGAAGAUCAAAAGGAUGCCUUUAAGGAAUUUGUAAAGGCUAAGGUUCGAGAAGAAAAGAGAGCUAAUCGCGAGGCAAGGGAAAAGAGGAAGAAUGCUAGAGAGUCAAUGAGUGAAGAGGAAAAGGCUGCAUUUGAAAGCAUCAAAUUUUAUAAAUUCUACCCUCUUAACACACCCAGCACCCCAGAUUCCGAGUGUUUAAAGACUGCUUUCAUAAAUAGGUAUUACGGAAAGGCACAUCAAGUACUUUGACUGAAUUACCCUCAAGACAUUAAGAGAUUUUUGUAGCGCUAUAUAUUUAUUUAUAGUUGUAGG